AUGAGAGUCCAAAUUUUUUUGAUACCUAUAGGUGCUGUCAUUGUUUUUACUAUUUUUAUGAUCACAGCUUAUUAUUAUUGGGAUAAUACUGAAGAUUGUAAAUUAUUAACUGAAUUUAACUUUAUUAGAUGUCUCAAAUAUAUUUCCUCCUUAAAUUGACAAUGGCUUGUCAUUUUUUUCUUAAGAUGUAUGUCAGAAUGUUAAAAAAACAGAAUUAUUUUCAGAAUGGAAAAAAAUUAAUGAAUAAGCUCAAUAAUUGAAUGAAAGAUAUUCAUCUGAAUUAUUGAAAAAAGCCGCCUUUGUCAUAGAUUAACUAAAAAAGAACCAAUAAAUUUACACUUAAUCAUAAGGUAUAUAAUCAUCUUAUUUAUUAGGCGAGGGUUAACAAUUUUAAUAUUAUUAAAAAAAUCUUAAGGAAUGUGUGAAUCGAACUAAAGUAUCAAAAUUAGAAUUGGAAGAGAUAAUAAAUAAAACUGAUUAGAUCAUGUAAUAAGAGAAUUUUGAAAUUAAGUAAAUUGGUGGUAAUAUCUUUGAUCACUAAAAUGGAGUAAAAAUAUAUUAUAUUUUAGUUAAAUAAAUUAAUUAUUGAACAUGCAGACAAAAAAAAAUAAUUGAAUGUUGUAAUAGAAACUUUAAAAGGUUUAAUAGAUUAAAAAGAGAGACUUCGAAGGAGCUAUAAGAAUGAAAAAGAAUUAUAAGAUUACCAAAAAGAAUUAGAAGAUGAUAUUAAUAAAAUCAGAGAGUAUAUGGUAUUAUAAGAAAAAAAAAUUACAUCUUAUUAAUAACAGAUGGGAGAUUAAUAAUUGAAAGUUUCUUACAUCUCUAAUAGAUAUGAUAUGGUAAAUAAUUAACUUCAUGAUCUUAAAUCAGUAAUAAUUUUACACUAAUCUUUUAGUUAGAAUAAUAUUUUUGUUAGGAUGAUUUGUAUAUAAAAGAAGAUGUCCCUAUUAUUUAAGUCAUUUUUGAAUACUCUAAAGCUUUAAAGGAUAGAAUGGAUAAUUUGAAAAUAUUAGCUGAAAAAGAAAAAGAUCCAAUAUAAAGAUAAAGAAAUAGAGAAGCCUUAAAUGAAAUAAUAAAAGCUUAAUAAAUUUCAUCUUAGAUGUAUGAUAGUUUGCUUGAUAUUAAACUUGAUUGUAAUCAAGAUGAUUGCACUAUUGGAACAACUCUUGAGAAUUUCAAAUUAUCAGAUCUAAAAGAAGAAAUUUAAAAAAAAUAAAGUACUAAAUUAUUAUAUUUAUUAGCUUAUUUCAAUUAAAUAUAUUCAGAAAAAUAAUCAAUGGAAUUUUUAUUAUAACAGAUUACAUAACAAUUAGAUAAUGAGAAAUCAGCCUACUUGAUUAAUAAAUCAAGAUUAAAUAAACUUAUUGAAAACUAAAACUUUUUAAACAAAACUAAAAAUCAAUCAGAAGAACUUUAAAAAUUAACUAAUUAAAUUUUUGACUUAGAAUUUUAGAAAAAUGCUUUAUAAGUAGAAGUAGAAAAUUUGAUGAAUUAAAUUAAUGAUCAAUAACAUUAAAUAGACAGCGAAGUUGAAAAAGUAAAUGAAAAAAAAAAAAAAGUAGAAACUCUAAAAAUUGACAGAAAUUAAUAAAUAAAUGAUAAAAAAUAAGAAAUUUAUAAUUAAGUAAAGGAAUGCAUAAAGUAAAAAAAAAUAUAUGACAACUUUGUAUAAAAGUAAUCCAAUUAAAUAGAGAAGGCAAAUGAAAUAAAAGCAGUUAUCUAAACUGAAGUUAAAGAGAUAGAAUCAAUUUUAAAUUAAUAUAAAAUUACUUAUGCAGAUCUGAACCUACAAUAAAAUUAUGAUAUUAUUGAAAAGAAACAAGAUUUAUGA